CUUCAACAAAAUUCACCCCAUCGCGGAUUCACAGCGCCACCGCCGCCACGCCGCUCCACCACAAUGCACAAGGCUUCAUCGUCUUCCUCCCUGGGACCGGGCGGCCUGGACAUAAGCCAGGCCUUCUUCAAGCCCGUCCCCGACGCCGCGCCGCCGUCCCCCGUCAAGCGGCACAUCAAAGUCUCCGUCGUCGGCGUCGGCAACGUCGGCAUGGCGAUCGCGCAGACCAUCCUCACGCAGGAUCUGGUCGACGAGCUCGCCCUCGUCGACGCCAAGGCCGACAAGCUCCGCGGCGAGAUGCUCGAUCUGCAGCACGCCGCCGCCUUCCUCCCCCGCACUAAGAUCCAGGCGAGCGUGGACCCCGCCGUCACCGCCGGAUCGGAUCUCGUCAUCGUCACCGCCGGAGCGCGGCAGAAUCCGGGAGAGACGCGGCUGAAUCUGAUCCAGAGGAACUGCUCUCUGUUCAAAGCCAUCAUCCCGCCGCUGGCGAAGUACUCUCCGAGCGCGAUUCUGGUGGUCGUCUCCAACCCGGUGGAUGUCCUGACCUACAUCGCCUGGAAGCUGUCCGGGUUCCCAUCGAAUCGGGUCAUCGGGUCGGGCACGAAUUUGGACUCCUCCCGUUUCCGUUCCCUGAUUGCCGAUCACCUUGACGUCAAUGCCCAGGACGUCCAAGCAUACAUUGUUGGGGAGCACGGCGACAGUUCGGUGGCGUUGUGGUCGAGCAUCAGUAUAGGAGGGGUGCCGGUGCUAAGCUUCCUAGAGAGACAACAGAUAGCGUUCGAGAAAGUGACGCUCGAGAACAUCCACAGAGGCGUGGUGGAGAGCGCGUACGAAGUGAUCAAUCUCAAAGGCUACACGUCUUGGGCCAUCGGCUACUCUGUGGCUAACCUGGCCCGGUCCAUACUUCGGGACCAGAGGAGGAUCCACCCGGUGUCGGUCCUCGCGAAGGGGUUAUAUGGGAUCGAAGGCGGGGACGUGUUCCUCAGCCUGCCAGCUCAGCUCGGGAGGCGAGGGGUGUUGGGGGUUACCAACGUUCAUCUCACGGAGGAGGAAGAACAGAAGCUUAGGGACUCUGCUAAGACCAUAUUAGAGGUCCAAAGCCAGUUGGACAUUUGAUAGAUCGUUUCAAGAAGGGGAAAAGGGUUCACUUCCCCCUCCCAUUUCCACUUCUUUUUUUGUUCUUUUGGUUUUUGUACUCUUGGUGUGCUUUCUUCAGGUCUAAAAGUUUGUAGCUUUAUCACUUUUGUGUAACACUUUGCAAGAAGUUAAUAACUAGUUUAACAGUUG